UCGUAAUUUCAUACAACUUUAGUAUCGUAGUAGCAUUGAUUAUAAUCAAUGGUAGUAACUAGUGGUAGUAGUUUAUGCUCAUAACAAACUUACUAUAUAAUAUCAAGGUAAUACAUGUCUUUGGUCGUACUGUCGCAGCCAAUAGUUCUAUUAUCAUAUGUGUAAGUUGUUCGUUGCAAUCGUCGGUCGUAAUAAUAUUAUCAUACGGUUUAACGUAUUUAGUAUUUACUAUUCAAUAUUUAACGGUCGUAUUUUCGUAUUGUCGUACACUCGUACAAUAACUUUCAUGUCAUAUUCUCGACAAUCAUACAGUAAACUCGAAAAGCAAUUAUAUAUUGAAACCGAAAAGCCGUAUAAUUACCAAACCAAAUUACGUGUUCAUCACACAUUUAUUCAUAUGGCAUAUGCCUAUAUUAUAUGCCUGAAAUAUUAAAUCAAAAUGGAAAAUUUCGAAAGCACUAUUCUUCGUUGGAUGUGUUUAUUUGAUGAAUUUAAUAACAUUGAAUAUUCAAGUACAAAACAUCUGAUAUCCAGUACAUCGUUUAAACAAUUUGUUGAUGAUGUAUUUUGUUUAAAAUGUUCUUCAGCUUUGAGCACAGAUGAUACAAAAGUUUACAACACUAUAAAAGUGAACUAUUGUGAGUUUGAAGUACAAAACUGUGAAGAUUUAUAUAACGAAGACAAUGCAAUUUAUGCAUGUAUUAUUGUUUUGCUACAUGCAUUAUUAAAAUGUACUAAUGACAAAUUCAGAAAUCAGUUGAGUGAAAGAAUGGAUAAUGAAGAGCAAGUAUUACUCGCAAAUUUCUUAGAAGCUACACAACCCUCAUUAUUCACUAAGCAAAAUAUUUCCKAAGCACUGCUGUUAAUAAAUGAUUCUAAGCAUACCUCUAUUAAUGUUUCAGAAAUAUGUUCAAAUAACGACACACCAAUCAAAUCAAAAUCAAUGCGCCGUAGCUAUUUACAAGAAUUUUGUCAGUCGCCAAAAUCUCAGUCCUUAAUAAAUCAAGAAAAAGAAAAACUUAUUGCCAAACUUACCGAAGACUAUAAAAAUGAAUGCGAAGAAAACUACAAGUUGGCUGAAAAUGUUAAAUACCUGAAAGAUCUUAAUACAAAACUAAGUAAUAAAUUAGAAGACAAAGAUAAAAUAUUACAAAUACUGAAAGAUGAAAUCAAAGAAUUUUCUAAACCAAACCAGUCUCCAGAAUGUUUAAAAAUAGACAAUGAUUUAAUUAUAAAAAAAUUAAACAGAGACAAAAUAGAUUUGGAAAUGAAUUGCAAUGAAUUAAAGCAACAAGUAACAGAACUUGAUAAAAAACAUAAAGACCUUAAUGGAAGAUUUGAAAUGAAAACUUUAGAUUAUAAUAAUCUUAUUGUUAUGUUUGACAAUAUCGAAAACGAAAAUAUGUUGUUAAAAUCAAACUUAAAAUUAUUUGAAGAAGCCAUACAAAAAAAAGACACAGAAAUAACAUCCUUAAAAGAUGAAUUAUGUAAUAAAUCAAUUACAAAUAAUCCAACAAAUAUAAGCGGUCAAGAGAAUAAUGCUGUGCCUUCAAAUACAUUAUUUAAUGAAUUGAGUUGUUUGAAAUUAGAAGAAAUAACACAUGAUAAAGAGAAGUACCGACAUAAGUACAAAUCAAUAAAAAAAGAUUUAACAAAUACCAAAAUUCAUGUUAAAGAAUUGAAUGAGAAAAUUAUUAUAUUAGAAAAAAAUUUGGUUGAUUAUGAAACUCAUAAAGAUGAACUGAUAGACCAAUUCUCAGACAAAAUUAAAGAACUUCAAGAAUGCCAAAAGAAAAAAAAUAAUUUAGAAUCAAAAAUUAAGCAUCUUAAAGAUACUAUUCAAGAUAAUGAAAAUCAUAUUGAAUCCCUGUGCUCUAAAUUAAAUAAAAGGGACAAACAAAUAGAAAUGUUAUCCAUGGAAAUAGAUACUGUUAAAAAAUCAAAAACUAUGAUUGAACUUAUUUUAAGCAAAACUAACACAGAAAUAGAAGCAAUWCAUGAAGAACAUGACGAAAAAGUUAAAAAUUUACAGUCAAUUAUUGAUGAAUAUAAAAAUUCAGAAAAAUUAUCUACUCAAAAAAUGAUAGAUCUAGAAAAUAAUAUAAAAAACAUUCAAGAUAAUUUAACAAAUAAAGAACAUGUUAUAAUUUUUUAUGAAGAAAAAAUGGCUGAAAAUUACCAAAUUGUUGGUAGUCUAGAAGAACAAUUAAAAACUAUGUAUCAAGAAAAACUUAUGUUAGAAUCUCAUUUAAAAAAUAUAAAAAUUGAAAUUGAAACACAACAGAAAAAUUUCAGUGACAAAAAUUGUGAAAUGGAAAACUGUUUGGAAUAUUAUCUUGAUGAAUUGAAAGAUCUAGAAAAUGAAAAAACAAAAUUAGUAGAUAUUGUACGCUGUAAACAAAAUGAACUAGAACAACAACUAAAAUUGAUUAACAAUCAAAAAGAUAUGAUUAAAACAUUACAAUCAGAACAAUGUAGCCAUCAGCUAAUCAUAAAUGAGCUUAAUGAAGCUCUACAACAAAAAUCUUCCGAAAAUAAUGAUUUACGUGCAAAAGUACUAGAUUCUACAGUAGAUUUAGAUAAGUUGAAAGAGCAACUUAAUGCAGCAUUGGUUGAAAAUAACAUGAUAAAAACAGACUUAAGAAAUGAGGAAUUGAAAAUUAAAUCUAUGAAUGAUGAAUAUCAACAUCAGAUUAAUGAUAUGAAAGAUAUAUUAGAAAAUCAAAAUAAUCAAUGUAUAUUAAAGGUUGAGAAAUUACAAGAUACUUUAGAAAAAAAGCAAAAUGAUUUUGACAAACAACUAAUAACAUGUAAUGAGCUAACAGAAACAAUUUCUCUGUUACAUUUAGAAAAAUAUGAUCUAGAAGAAAAAUUAAGAUCAACUAGUCAAGAUUUAAAUCAAAAACAAAUACAAUUAGAACAAAUCACUGUAGAAAAUAAUAAAUUCAAAGAAACAGUUGAUUAUGCURAUAAUCGAUGUAUUGACUUGGAACAAAAAUUAAAGGAGUCGAAUAACAUUAUAUUGAAAAAAGAAGAAGACAUUAAAAUAUUAAAAGUUCGUAUGUCAGAAUUUUCAAUCUCUGAAGAAAACUUACAGAAACAAAUAAUUGUAGUUCAAGAAAUUUUGAAUAACAAACAUAUUGAGUUAGAAAAUCAAAUUCAGUGUUGCAAUGAGCAAAGAGAUACUAUUGUUAAAUUAAAUUAUGAAAAAGAGUGUCUUAGCGAUAAAAUAAAAAACCUCGAAGAUUCUUUAUCUCACAAUGAAUACAAAUUUAAUUUAUGUGAAGGAAAAUUAUAUGAUUGUAGUAACACAAUUGAUACUUUAGAAAAACAAUUAAACUUGAUGAGUGAUGAAAAGUCACUUUCAGAAUCCCAACUAAAUGAAACUAUUACUAAAUUAACCAAUAAAAAUCAAGAUCUUGCCCUGAAACUAGAAAUCAAUGAAACAAAUGUAUUAGAAAUUCAAGAAAAAUUAGUUCUAAAACAAAAUGAGUUAACGAAACAAAUAGAAAAGUCAAAUGAACUAGUUAAAACAAUUUCUUUUUUAAAUACUGAUAAAGAAAGAUUACAAGAAGAAACCAAACAACUUCAAAAAUGCUUGAAUACAAAUGAAUUUACUUUAAAGUCAUUGCAAGAAAAAGUUCUUAUUUGUGAAAAAGAGUAUGAAGAAUUACAAACAUUGAAGACAAAUUUAAUGUCUGAACUUAAUGAAAACCAGCUAAAUUUUACAAAUUUACUCCAGGAAUCAAAGAAACAACAAGAGGAUAUGGAUAUUAAAUAUAUUGAACUACAACAAAAAUGUAAUAAAAAAGAGAUUGAACUAGAUGAAUACAUUAAUAAAUAUAACUGYCAUAUGAAAUCAAUUACAGAUUUAACCUCAGAAAGAGAUAAUUUGAUAAAUAAAAUUGAUGUGCUUGAGAGUACUUUAUUAAAUAAAGAUAAUGUUAUCUCAGCUAAUCAAGAAAAAUUGCUUGAGUAUAAAGAAAUAAAUGAUAAAGUAUUAAGCGAAAAGGCUGCAAUGGAAGUAGAAUUAACACAGCGUCUUGAAGAAAUGGAAAACAAUUUAUGUAGCUUACAAGAAAUAUUAAAUUGCAAGCAUUUAGAUUUAGAAACUAGAGAAAAAGAAAAAGAUCAACUUUUAAAGACCAUCUCUAGUUUGACCUUAGAUAAAGAUAAUUUAAUAAAUGAAACUAAAGCACUUAAAGACUGUUUAUUAGAAAAAGAAAAAACUUUAACAUUGAGGGAUAUUAAAUUGUUUGGAUUUGAAAAACAAUUAGAAGAACUUCAAAAUCAAAAAAAUAACUUAGAAACAGAAUUCAAUGAUACUAAAAUACACUCAGAUGACAUUCAACACAAUCUGACUCAAAAACUUGAAGUUACUAAUAAUAAACUACAAGAAGUUGAGGAACAGCUUGUUAAUCUGAAAGAAGAAAUGAAUGAACAGAAUAAAUGUUUAAUUGAACAAGUAGAGAAAAUCAAUUCAUUAACAUAUGAAAAUAAUAAUUUGGUAAAUGAGACAAAUAAGCUCAAGGAAAAUAUAGUUCAAAGUGAAUUUGAUUUAGAGUUAAAUCUAAAUCAAUUGCAGGAUUUCGAUAAGCAAAAUAAAGAAUUAGAAUGCCAAAAUACAUUGUUGGUGAAAGAACUAAAUGAACUGAAAUGUCAAUUAAAUAACUUACGCCAAGAAUCCACUGAAGAGUUUGAUAAAAUGGAUAAAAAAUUGUUGGAAGCUCAARAACAACUUAGCUAUAAGCAAUCUGAAAUUAAACUUAAGRAUGACUCAAUAACAGAUAUUUACCAUAAAAUAAAUUACUUAAAAAAUAUGAAAGUUGAACUUGAAUCAAUACUUAAGAACGAAAGAAAAAAUGUUGAAACAUGUUUUGAAACUUGUUUGAAUUCAUUGUAUCAAAUUAAAAACAAACCCAUAUUAGAUCAACAUCAUGAUUCAUUAAUAGAAGUUAUAACUUCUGCUGAUACAUUUAUCGAACAAAAUGGUAUUCAAUUAGCACGAGUUGAAAACUGUGAUGAAUACUCGAUUAUUGAAAGGGUGAAAAAAGUAUUUGAAGCAUUGAAAAUGUUUAUAAUCAGUUUAAAAACUCAAGGAAAUGAACAAACAAUAAACCAUUCUAAUAAUGGAUCCAAUGAUGCAUAUACCGAAUUACUUGCUUUAUCAAAAACUCAGCAAAAAACCAUUAAACAUCUGGAGACUGAAAUGGCUGCAUUGAAAACUGAAUGCGUUUACAAAAUGACAAAAGUGCAACAAAAAACUCAAGAAUAUGUAACUUCAGAAUAUGAAAAAAAGUUUGAACGAAAACGAGAACAAAUGAAACAAUUUUGUAAAGAUUUAGAGGCAAAAAUUCAUCAAGAUUUUGAAGCUAAACUAUUAAAAUACAAAGACAAAAUAACCAAAGAUGAAAUUCACAUCAAAGAACUCGGUCAGCAGUUAUGGGAAGUUAGUGAAAAAUAUUUAAGAUUACAACAAAAAGAUAGAAGAGAAUCAACAAUGUCCUUACCAUUUGAAAUGUCUAUGAUUUCUGAAACAACUACCACUCUCCCAAAAUAUAAUUCUUUUACAUUGCCAAAGUCUAGCUCAGCCGGUCAAAUAAGAUCACUAGUUGAAGAGACUACUCGUUGUUAUCAAGAUAAUAUUAAACGAAAUGUCCCUGUUGGAAUUGGUAAAAAAUUCAGCUUAUCGUCUGGUAAAAUAUUUCCGAAAGAAGAAGAUGAGGAAGGUGAAAUGUUCAACCACUCAUGCCUUGCAGAUCUCAAACAAGGUAGGGUGAGACUCAAUGAUAAUAAAAAACAAUAUAAUGAAAGACUGUCAGAACUACAAGCUCGCAACUCGCUUUGUCCGCCACAUUUAAGAAGUUGUUAUGCUGCAGAGACCAAUUUCUUGCCAAAUACCUCAUUAGUUUCAGAAGAAGAUAUUAAGACAACGGCUAAUUAUAGUGAUUAUGAGACUGAAAACCUUAUUCCCAAUGAUCGUAUGAAGAAAAAAGAUAGAAAUCAGACAUCCUAUAAAAAACCAGGACCACCAACUCCAAGUAAAAAUGGAGGUCGUGUUUCUUUAUCGAACAAUCAAAAAAACACAUUAAAAGAAUCUAAAGAAUCAAAUACUAAUAAAAGACGAGCCAGCAGUACUCCAAACAAAUUAUUUAGCUUAUUUAUGAGCAAAAAGAAUUAAUUUUAUAUAAUUUUUCAAAAUGUUGAAGUAUCUAACUAUUGCACAAUUAUGUGCAAACAAUGUUUAUAAAAAUUGUAUAUCUUACUACAUUCUACUUUAUUACAUUUUUUGUUUUUAAUCUAUUUUUA